CACACACUCCCUUAUUUCUCUCUCACACACUCUCUUUCGCGUUUCGAUGGGACCCUUCAGUUUCUGCACACACCAUCGUACCUUUUAAAAUCUUCACGAAUCAGAAAAAUCUCCUCACACACCACACCACUCCCUCUCCCAAAAGAUCUUUCUUCUCUUUUUCUCUCUCUAUCCUCAUGGCUGAGAAUUUGGACGACGGCGAGUUCUGGCUGCCGCCGCAGUUCCUCGCCGACGACGACGUCGUCGUAUUUCCGACACCCUUUGAAGCAAAGUUUCCGCCUUUGUCCGACGACGCCGUUUUGUUCCCGUACGGUUCUCCCGUUGAUUCCACCGUUGGUGGCUCCAGCGAGACCGAGAGCGACGAGGAAGAGCAACUCGUUGCCGAGUUAACUCGCCACUUAACUCGCUCCUCUCUUCAACCUGACACCGAGUCUGUGGGUCGGUUUGUGUCUGGUUCUCCUCAAUCCACGCUUUGCGCGUUUGGAAGUGGGUGUAGUUGCGGCAAAGGGUCGAGCCAGGGUAGCCCAGAUGGUGUUUGCAAGUUGUCCUCUGCGAAGACCACUUGGGAUCUGCUGCAUGCGGCUGCAGGGGAAGUUGAGAGGAUGAGGUUGAAGCAAGAAGGUUAUGCUCUCAACCAUCACAAUGGAAACUUUGUUCCCCAAAGAAAACCCUCUCCAGUCACCACUUUACCCUCCAAAAACACCACCGCAAAUCCAAACCCUGAUGUGGGUGGUUUCUACACCCAACAACAAUCACUCUCUCACCAGCAAUUGCAGAUAGCACAAUUUCAGUUGUUGAGGCAGCAACAGCUGGCAAAGCAGCAGAACUCGGUCUGGAAUGUGCAGAAGCAAUGUGAUGGGGUUUACUCUCAGAGGCAGCAACAAAGCAACCAAAUGGUUCCCAAUAGAGGGAGGAACAUUGAUGUUAAUGGAAGAAACAUUAGACCUUUGGGUUUGUCUGCAUCUGCAUGGCCUACUCUGCAGCACGCGAAGCAGCAGAACCAGCAAUAUGGCUCUGGCAUGAGAGCUGUGUUUCUCGGAAACCCUUCUGGGAGAAGGGAAUGUGCUGGCACUGGCGUAUUCCUUCCUCGGCGAGUUGAUAUCCCAGAGUCACGAAAGAAGCCAGCGUGUUCAACAGUGCUGGUUCCAACUAGAGUGGCGCAGGCCCUAAAUCUGAAUCUCGAUGAUAUGAUAGUUGGUCAGCCGCAACACUUGCAACGAUUUAAUGCUUGUCCCAACAUUGAAAAUGGUGCAGCUGUUUCCAGGCUGAGGGGUAAUUAUGUCCUUUCUCAACAGAAGCGCAACCUCAACAAGCCUCAGCCAGCAGGGUACCAUGAGAUUAGGUUGCCACAGGAGUGGACAUAUUGAUAAUGAUUAUUAAUCUUUUGCUUGUUAGGGUGGGGAAUAGGGUUUUUUAUAAUCUUUUUUUGGGGGUGGGGGUGAUUUAGGAAAAUGGUAGGGGUUGAAGGGUAGAAAUGAAGAUGUAGUUGUCUUCUACAGGAGGAAUAGUUUUAUAGAAGAAGAAAUAGGUUUAUGCUGGCAAUUGGGGGGAAAAGGAAGUUAAAUGAAAAAGGAAAAAGCUUUGUUGGGAGAACAGAAGAUGGUUUUAUUUUUUUGUUUUGGCUUGGUUGGUUACAGUUGUAGAGGGUUAAAAAUAAUAUUAGGAGCCUCUGGAAGAAAAAAGCUAACAAUGCUUCAGCAGAGCUGAAAUAUUGCAGUGAUAUCAGUUACUUUUGUCCUUUUUGAUGGGGUUCGAAAGUCACAACAAGGGAAAGACAAAAACGGUGGAAGGGCAAAUUUUUACCCUUUUUUUAUUUGGUGCUUUAGGGUAAAAUAAGCAAAGCAAUUUGGAAGGGGCUGGAUCAUAUUUGCUGGGAUUACGGCUCCUUCCAAUGGUUGAAUCACAUGGAAUCAUUUUGGGGGAAUACUUGUCAGUAGUAAACAUCUGAUUCCAACCUUGUCCACCCGCAUCACACUUUACUAUAAUAAAUAAUAAUGCAUGGAAUUUUCACUAUCUCC